UAAGGGAACGUUUGGUUUCUUCAUAGCCGUCUGCGUCCUUACACAUCAAAAUACACCACCAUCCCAAUAUUCAUGAACCCGACAGAUCCACUGCUACCCUACUACUAUGAACACGAUCCCCAAAUCAUUGGCGGCAUUAAAGUGCCGCCCAUAACUGAUGAUUGGGUUGAAAAUUACCCCAGUGUCGUUGACCGUUUUUUUACACGCUACUAUUACAUCAAAGAAGGCGCAGAACCAGCGCCUUAUCAAGUACUCUUUCAUUCAAAUCGUGUUUGCUUAAUUUGCUUAGCUCCGGAACAUCCAGCAUUAAAAGCGGGCAUUAAAUCAUUGACCUUUGAUAUUGGAAAUACGGAUCGCAGCAAAAAUACGGUGAAAGGAAAAGGUAAGAAGGGCGGUAUGGUGCUGCAGCAUGACUCAACAUUAGCAAUACUGACCACAGAGCAGGACAAAACCUAUAAGAUACCCAGUUGUGUACAAAGCAAACUAGUUGAAGUAAACACAAAAUGGGUUGACGAACCAAAAGGAUUGGAAACUGCUGCCGAAGGCGAAGGCUAUGUGGCCAUUGUAUUGCCAAAACCUGAGGAUUGUGAAAAUAUUAAGCGAAUUUUAUUGACACAAGAACGAUACAAUGAAAAAUGGAAUGCGGUAAAUCAAAUUUGAGG